ACUACUGGUAAUAUUGUAUUUACGUAUGUCGCUGGUCGCUCGUCGCUCAUCGCGCGCACUUCUGCAUCGUCUCGAGUGUAAUUAUUUUGUCGUAUAAGCAUCGCACAAGUGCCUGUCUCUUGUUUAUAUGCUCGAGUUAUUCGUCGUUUCGCGAUUUGCGAUAUCGUCUUGUGCGUCGUCGUAGUCGUCGUCGCGUCCGCCUCAACUUGUUGCGGUCGUGCACUGGUAGUUACAAAUGUGACGAGUGGUCGCGUUUUUAUGUUGCACCGAUCGGCGAUCGCGAUUCGCCGACACUUGGACGUGUAAUGAAUACGAUAAGUGACGUGCAUGCCGGCACAAAACACAUUAAUAAUAGUUAACCAUGGAUUUGUUGGCUGCGCCCAAGGCGACUACGUUUGUGCUCGCGCCCGCAUCUGCGUAUUUUCUACUUUACGGCCUAUUUUCUCGUUUAUUUCUGUUAAUUACGGUCACAUCGGGACAGAAUUAUGCGGAAUCAGCGACGGUGACGGCUUCAUUUGCGCCGCAUUUACAACCAUUGGGUGGAGACGAAUGCGCCAGGCAAUGCGAAGAACACGAACCGUCUUUAGUUUGCUAUUUCAGAUUCGAAAUCGAAUUAUAUUACACGAUGAGCAAAGCGUGUUACAACUGCCCCUACAACCAAACUGAUUGCUUCAGACCUGAUUGCGUGCCUGCCGACGGAGUCUCUAGGGUUAUUACAGUGAUCAACCGAAAGUUACCAGGACCCAGUAUACAGGUUUGCUUAGGGGAUUCCCUCGUAGUGGACGUGGUCAACUCGAUGGUGGAAGAAUCCACUUCGAUUCAUUGGCACGGACAUCAUCAGAAGUAUACACCGUACAUGGACGGCGUACCAUUCAUAACUCAAUGUCCUAUCGCUUCGGGCACAACUUUCAGGUACUUGGUGACUGCGUCGCACGUUGGAACCCAUUUUUGGCACUCUCAUACAGGUACUCAAAGAGCGGACGGAGCAUUCGGCGCGAUGAUCAUACGACAACCUGUCUCCCAGGAAACUCACGCUGCUUUAUACGAUUACGAUCUUCAAGAGCAUGUAAUUCAGCUAAUCGAUUGGUUACACGAAUCUAGCGCGGCUAAAUUUCAAUCACACUAUCACAGCAAUGGAACCAAUAAACCUGACACCUUACUCGUAAAUGGCAAGGGGCAAUUCAGAGCGUUUCCUUUUGAAAAACAAAUUUUCUACACUCCUUUGGCCAAAUUCGACGUACAACAGGGUAAACGUUACAGAUUUAGAGUGAUCAAUGCCGGCUUCCUGUAUUGCCCUAUUCAAAUCUCAAUCGAUAAUCACACGAUGACGAUCAUAAGCGCCGAUGGAUCAGACAUAAAACCAGUUUACGCCGAGUCGCUGACAAUUUACGCCGGUGAGAGAUGGGACUUCGUGCUGAACGCUACCAACGAUGUGGCUAAUUAUUGGAUGAAAUUUCGUGGAUUGAAGGAUUGCGGUGAAAAAUACAAUAAAGCGUAUUCGUUGGCCAUUUUACACUAUUCUGGCGCCUCGCUCAACGAUUCCUCCACUUCCGCUUCCUCGGUUAAAUACGAGGACACGUUACUCGAAGGAAUGCACUUGAAUGCAGUUAAUGUUGGAGCCGAAGAAGAGAAUUUCAUGACUGCAGCCGAAAUGCAGGCUGCUGUCGAGCCGUCAGCAUCCGAUCAAGUUCUUAAACCAACGGCCGAUGUAUCUUUGAUUAUGUCGUUUGAUUUUUACGCCGUUAACAACAGCAUGUUUCACAAAAGCGAUAUGUACGGAUUCAAUCAAGUCGAGAAGAAAUUACGCACCUAUACGCCGCAAAUUAAUCACAUAUCGAUGAAAAUGCCAUCGUUUCCGCUGCUAUCUCAACCAGAGUCGAUCGGAAAGAAUACGUUUUGUAACGAGAGCACGGUGCAAAAUUGCAAUACAACAUUUUGCAGUUGCGUUUACAAAAUAGAUUUACCCCUUCACGUGGUCGUUGAACUGAUGCUGAUCGACGAAGCUCAUACUUACGAUUCAAAUCAUCCUUUCCAUUUGCACGGUCACUCGUUUAGAGUACUAUCUAUUGAUAGGCUAAAUAACGAAACGACCGUUGAAGACGUUAAAGCGAUGGAUCGAGCUGGCCGAAUAAAUCGUAAUCUACGCGAUCCUCCGUUAAAAGAUACUGUUACAGUGCCAGCUGGAGGAUUUACCAUUCUGCGAUUUUACACUCAUAAUCCAGGAUACUGGCUACUUCACUGCCAUUUGGACUUUCACGUCGAAGUUGGAAUGGCAGUAGUCCUAAAAGUAGGAGAAGAAAAAGAUUUUCCUUCUGUACCGCGUAAUUUCCCUCGAUGCGGAGAUUACUACCACCAACUCAACACUCCAGAUCAGCAAACAACACGCACUACUCGCAAUGUUAGUCAUGUUGAAAACAGCACAACGACGAAUACGAGUAUCAUUCAACGAGUAUGGAACACUUUCGCGUUCAAUUCCGCGAAUCGCGCCAGUCUACCAUAUAUCAAAGUUACCAAUAAUAUGUUUAUAUCUGUUCCCGUACAACUUAUAUUGUUCGUGGUUAUGGUCGCAUUUGUAUCCGCGUAAGAAAAUGGGUUAAGGAAGCAGGGAACUUUCACAGGAAUUCAGUGGUGGCUGCAGGGAGUUGAUGUUUUACAACAGGCCCCCGAGAGAUGAGACUUUUUGAUGAAACUUUUCGAUGCGAAUCGACUGAUUGAUUUGUUUGUGUAUUCUUUUUUUUAUUUUUCAGACACAAAAUACACGUACGUCUGUUUU